AUGCAAAGAAGAGACUACCCUUUGCUCCUCCAGCCUGAUGGAGUAUGUGGAGCCGGGGCAAAGGAUGAGAAGGAGCCCCCUCUUCUUCUUCUGGCCAUUAAGUCAACAGAACUGAAUUUUAAGAACCGACAUGUCAUUCGACAGACAUUGGGCCAGGGAGGAUGGGUAGCUGGACAGAAGAGAAACAACAAUGGUGUAGGGUACGUCCGCAGGGUCUUUUUGCUGGGCAAGGAAAAUACUGAGGAGUUGGGUUUGGAUCUAUCUGAGAUACUGCAGAUGGAGAGUAAACUUCAUGGAGACAUUCUGCAGUGGGACUUUAGUGACACAUUUUUCAACCUCACCUUGAAAGAUGUACUGUUCUGGAGCUGGUUCUCAAGCUUGUGCGGCCAGACUAGCUUUGUGUUUAAAGGGGAUGAAGAUGUCUUUGUCAACACCCCAAAUAUGUUGAGCUACCUAAAAGGUGAGCUAAAGAAGCCACAAGCACACGAGUCAAUGAAAGGCUUUAUGGUUGGCAAUGUCAUAAUUAGAGCUUUACCCAACCGAGUCAACAAGUCUAAGUACUAUGUCCCAGAAAGCUUCUACAAGGGCCAGUAUCCUUUGUACGCAGGUGGUGGAGGGGUGGUGUACUCAGGCCUAUUGGCCAAACGCCUACAUGAUGUGUCUAAAAGGGUCCACCUGUUCCCCAUUGAUGACGUUUAUGUGGGAAUGUGUAUGGCUAGGCUAAAUGCUGGUCCGGUCCACCACCCUGCCUUCCUUACUUUUGAUUUUACCGGAAACGAUGAAGACCAACUGUGUUCGUAUCAUGGAAUCCUGUUGGUCCACAGAUGUCUCCCCAACCAAGUAUUAAAACUGUGGGCCAACAUGAAAAAAACCGAGGCACAGUGUUGGGGUGUGCCCCUGAGAGGAGGGACAAGAAGAAACACAACACUGUAA